ACACCUGUUGGCCUGGGCUGUUCAUGGCCCUUCUCUGUACCUCUCUGCUGGGGAGGCUGGGGCUUCAGAAGGGUCCGCCUGAGUGUGGUGGGCUGCUAGGCCUCUGAGCAGGACGCUGCUGCCCUUAGGAGACUGGCCUGGGGGCCCUCCCAGGCUGAGGGGACAUGGGGCUUUGCCAGUGGUGAGGGCCUGCUGUGCGCCUGCUGGCCUUGGGCAGAUGUGGACAGCGGAGCGUGGCUCAGCCUAGAGCAGACGUCGGGUUUGGGUUCCUGCCUGCAUCUUCAUGUCCUCCCUUACAACCUUCCUCCUCCAAGGUGGCCCUUUCUGCCUGGGUGCCAGGCCAGCUGGGACAGAAAUGGCAGGAAAGGAGAACAACUUCCCGCCGCUGCCGCACUUUGUCUCGCUGAAGCCCUGCUUCUACCAGGACUUCUCUGAGGAGAUCCCUGUGGAGCACCGGGUGCUGGUGAAGAGGAUCUACCGCCUGUGGAUGUUUUACUGUGCCACUUUGGGGGUGAACCUGGUGGCCUGCCUGGCCUGGUGGAUUGCGGAUGGGACAGGAGCCAACUUCGGCCUGGCCCUGCUCUGGCUGCUUCUCUUCACUCCCUGCAGUUAUGUGUGCUGGUUUCGGCCCGCAUACAAGGCCUUUCGAGCUGACAGCUCCUUUAACUUCAUGACGUUCUUCUUCAUCUUCGGAGCACAGUUCGUCCUGGCCGUCAUUCAGGCCGUCGGCUUCUCGGGCUGGGGGGCAUGUGGCUGGCUGGCGGCUGUUAGAUUCUUUACGGUCAAUGUUGGGGCUGCCGUGGUCAUGCUGAUCCCGGCCAUCCUGUUUUCGUUGUCUGCUGUCAUGAUGGCCAUCACUCUUGUGAAGGUGCACAAGAUCUACCGUGGGGCUGGUGGGAGCCUGCAGAAGGCACAGACGGAGUGGAGUGCUGGUACCUGGAGGAAUCCCCCGUCGAGGGAGGCCCAGUUUAACAACUUCUCUGGGAAUAGCCUGCCUGAGUACCCCACUGUCCCCAGCUACCCCAGUGCAGGCCAGUGGCCUUAGGCAGCUGGCUGGCCCUAAUAUCGUGCCUCUGUCUCCUGCCAUCACCCUUGGUCCUGAAGCCCGAGCAUCUCCCCAGGGUCACAAGAGGUUCUUGGCCUGUAUUCAUCUUUGUCCGACCCUCAGCAAGCUCUGCCCAACAGCUAUUGUCCACUGUCAGCCCCCAGAGCCAAGCUGUGUUACUGCCCCUCCUGUCCAUGGAGCAGCCUCGAGGGCCAGGCUCCUGCCCGUUGUGUCCCAGAGCACUGAGGGUGGAGGCAGGAGCAUGGCUGUUGUGACCGCAUCCUUAGCACUGCCAUCGGGUCUACCCCUGGGACAGGGUCCUCCAGCUUCUGUGGCCCAUCCCUAGUGGCAGUGACAGCCUGCUGGCCCCACAACCAUCCAGGAUUCUGAGUAGACCUCUGCCAGUGCAGGCAGUGAUCACUGGGUUGGGGCUGCUGUGGCUCCAGGAGGCCCUCCCUCUCUCUGUGGGAGGAGAGACAGGCUCAGCUACACAGCAGGCUUCACCCCUGCCAGAGGCUAGCCAGGACCACAGGCCCUUGGUCUGCUGGGAGCAGAGCCAGGGACAGAACUGUGCCUUAGAGAGAACCCUGCUUUCCCUCACCCUUCGCCUUCUCAGGGUAGCUGUGGCCUGGCCAGGAAAGCCACCCGAGUUAUGGAAGGUCCAUGGCACCCCUGAUGACAUUGGACUCAACAUUUUCCCUAUGACCUGCUGGUGCCACCAGCUAAGCCACUGCAGUGGCUUCCUACGGCCUCCCCACAGAGCCGUGCCCUUCCUGCCGGUGUCCUGCCAAACUGCCUGGGCACCUGGAUGCCCAGAGGGGGCCAGAAUAGAGAGUUGCAGGCAGGCGCUUGGGGAUCAGCCUCGCACACUGAGGUACAGAAGGGGCAUGGGGAUGGAGCCCAGUACCCCCAAGACACUUACACAGCUUUGCCCUGCCAUCCCGGGGUAUGUGUACCCACAUGCCAAGUUGGUUUUGUUAUGUGAGAAUAUUCUGGAAAUAAAUUCUCUUUCUGCA